GUGAGGAGGAAGUCAGUGCCCCUUUGCCCUGUCUUGUCCUGUAUCUCCCAGCCCAGCAUCGCCCCCGGCUGCUGGACAACCCCGCUGCCGCCGCCGUCCUGCCAGGGCCGGAUUUGGGGGGAUGUCCUUGGCCUUCCCUCUGGGCCGGAGGCAAAUCCCCUCCCUGAGCUUCUUCCUUCCACUCCUUGUUCCUUUUCCUUCCUUCAUCCUUCUUGUUCCUCCCUCUCCUUCCUCCUUAUGUUUUUUCCUUUCUCUCCUUCUUCCUUCUCCUUCCUUUCUCUCCUUUUUCUUUCAGUUCCGUCUUCUCCUUCCUUUCUGUCAUUCCUUGUCUCCUUGCUCCUUCCUUCUCUCAGGACCAGCGUGGCCGGCAGGACCAGGGCAGUGGUUCUUCCCCUGUACUUGGCACUGGUGAGGCCACACCUCGAGUGCUGUGUCCAGUUCUGGGCCUUCUUCUUGCUUCCUUCCUUCUUCCUUCCUCUCCUUGUUGCUUUUUCUUCUUGUUCUUUCCCUUCAUCUUCCUUCCUCUCCUUUUUCCUUCUCUACCCUCCUUCCUCUCCGUCUUCCUUCUCCUCUCCCUUCCCUCUGGGCCGGAGGCAAAUCCCCUCCCUGUCCUUCCUUCCUGCCCCAGGCCCCGAGCUGAGGACGGAGGGCACGGAGGACAAAUCCCCCCGGCAGACCCUGGUGGGAGAGGCCGUUUUGAAGGGCUCCACGGCACAGGAAGGCAGCAGGCAGGAAAAGGGCCGGAGAUCCCCCCGCAGGAGGGGCUCCAAAGCCAGCCCAGGGUGCUCUGAGGAGGAAAAAACCAGCCUGUGCCAGGAAGGCGGCCAGAGCUUGAGCUGGAGCUCCGACCUGGUGGUGCAGCAGCAGCUUCACACCAGCGAGAAGCCCAACAAGUGCUUGGAAUCUGGGAAGAGCUUGAGCCAGAACUCCGAGCUGGUGGUGCAGGAGCGCAUCACUGCCCUGGGGAAGCCCUACAAGUGCCCCAGCUGUGGGAAGAGCUUCUGCAGCAGCUCCAACCUCCUUGCCCACCAGCGUGUCCACACGGGGGAACGGCCCUACGAGUGUGCGGAAUGUGGGAAGACCUUCAUCUAUGGCUCCCACCUCUUCACCCACCGCCGGGUGCACACGGGGGAACGGCCCUACAAGUGCUUGGAAUGCGGGAAGGGCUUCAGCGUCAGCUCCCGCCUGAUCCGCCACCAGCAGAUCCACACUGGGGAACGGGGGCCCCAGCCUUACAAAUGUGGGGAAUGCAAGAAAAGCUUCACAUACAAUUCUCAACUCGUCACCCACCAGCGCAUGCACACGGGGGAGAAGCCCUACAAAUGUGGGGAAUGUGGGAAGAGCUUCAGUGUCAGCUCCCAUCUGACCCAGCACCAGAAGACCCACACGGAGAAAUGGCCCUACCAAUGUCUCGAGUGUGGGAAGAGGUCUCGGAGCAGCUCGGACCUCCUCAAGCACCAGCAGACACACACGGAUGAGAGGCCCUUCCGCUGCACUGACUGCGGGAAGGGCUUCAAACGCAACUUCACCCUCGUGAAGCACCGGCACAGCCACAACAGGGAGGGGCCCUACAAGUGUGAGGAGUGUGGGAAGAGCUUCACCCACAGCUCUGCCUUGACCACACACCAACAGAGCCACCAGUAAGGGAAGCCCUGCGAGUGCCCGACUGUGGGAAGAGCUUCAUCUGCUGCUCCAACUCCAUCACCUGUCGGAGGACCCACAUUGGGAACAGGCUUGGUGACCCACAUUCCCAGUGACCCACGUUGGGAAGACCCCUGGCUGGUGGACUGGCAGGAUAGUCCCAGCCUGGCCAGACCCAAGGUCCAAUCAAGCUCAUAAGCAAGCUGUCACACAAGAUCAACUGCUGGAGCCAGGCUGUUGUCUCGGUGUUAACUCUGCUCAAACCAUCCUGGUUGGUCCAGCGUUGAACACACACCCUGCUGGUUGAAGUCUGAGUUGACAGAUAAGCUGAGAGCUGGCUUGGAAAGGCGGGCCUGGCACUCAAUCACUUUAUCCUAUAAAAAGUCCUGUCCCCCCUCAUGCCGUAAGGUUCUUCCUGACAAAACCCUCCCU